AGACGGAGAAUCCGUGAGUCGGCGGAGUGAUCGUUACGUACCUGUGUCUCAGGUGUUUACAUAGGGUAGCAGAUCGCUCCACACUCCUGUGUCAACACAGCCCAGUCAUGGCCGCACGAGUCAGCUUCGGCUCUCCGUCCGACAGCGUCGCACCCAAGCCCGUCCAGCCGCAACAGGCGCCCCGGAGGAACGUCAAAGCCACGGUCAAAUACAACCGGGCCCUGCUGAAGCGGCGGUUAGAGCUGGAAGAGUGGGUGGACGAGGCGCUCAGAGAUAUCUAUGAAUGCGACGAAGAUGAAGAUUAUGAAAUAGAGAUUGACAUAGACGAAAUGUUAGAACUCCAAACAGAAGAGGAAAGGGUAGAAUUUUUGAAGGAAUUGCUCGUUGAUUGUAAGAAGCCAACAGAUGAAUUCAUUCAGGAGCUGCUGCAGCGAGUCCAGAAGCUUCAGAAAUUGAGUGGAAACUCAGCAAGAUAACUAACUGUACACCUGUCAGUCAUCUCCUACCUUAUCACCUGCAGCAAGACACAAGAUUCCACAGAAAUCUGCACCAUUCCGUGUUUGAUAGUGAGUUGGUGAUGUCACAGAAGUACAUCUUGUUUGUACUACAGAAAAAUUUAUGUAUUUUGUACAUUAUAUGUACUGUAAUAGUGACAGAAUGUUAACGAUUUAGCUGUAUAUCUGUCAAUUUCUAAAAUUCAAAAGAGGACUUAACUGUCUAUUUUCUUUUAGCUUUUGAUAUAGGAUAUAUUCCAGUAUUAACUAUAAAUUUUUUGCUAAAUUGCUUUUGAAAUACAGGAUUUUAAGAUAAUAUUCACAUGUUUCAACAAGACUAUUUUCAGGUCAUAUAUAUUGUUUAUAUGUCAAAAUAUCUAUUUCUUCCCUGUAAACAAACAUUUUGGGUAUUGCUAGUUUGGCAACACAACAAGGCAGUGCCUGUUAUUGUAAGUAACACUUGUUCCCGAGUGUCAAAGAAUGUGCUUGGCCUUGUAACAAUCUUUCAGCCAUAGAUAUAAAAGAAAAGAAUGAAGGUAGGUAUUAUGUAAAUCUUACAGUCUAAGAAAUGUAUCACAUGCAUGUUUUUGAACAUAGCAGUUUUUACUCAAAUGUUGAUAUAAAAAAGGUACUUUUAGAUAGAUAUUCAUAUUUUUAGUUUUUUGUUGUUGCACUUAAUUGAAGUCAAUUGAUCUGGGCUGCUAAUACAAAAUUACUUGUACAUAGUGACAAUGCAGUCUUACACUUCCAUCAAAUCACAAUCCUAGAUGUUAUAAAGUAAUAUACGCUGCAGAAUUCUAUUUCCAUUUUGUGUACUGAAAGUGUUGCCUGUGCUACAUGUGAAAUAUCUUCCAACAGUUGUCAGUAAUGUUAGUGUAACAUGCUUAUCAACGUAAAAUAAAAAGGUGAUGGACACCUUAA